ACUCAACUGUAAGAAAAAUACCUUAAGACUCCAAAAUUGCUCUUAUUUUCAUUCCAUCUCUCACACAUUUUAAUUAUAUUGCAAAUCUCAUAGUAGUAUGGCUAUGAGUUUGACUCACCAUAUCGGAGCAUUAUCAUCGGAAACGGGAGGUGUUGCCACGUCAGCAUUACGAACAUCUCAAGCUACAAAUCUUCAAGUAUCAGUACAAAAAUCAGGAAAUGAAUUAAUAGACAGUGUUGUGUAUCCAUUGUCACCACCUAUGAGUCCGGCAGCAUCUCACGCGCUCAUGGAGGCGCGUGAUGCAUUGUCGUUGACGACGGAUUAUAAAUCAGGGAACUUGCCGGAGAAGAAGGGAAAAGGAGUGCCGGUAUUCGUGAUGAUGCCGUUGGACAGUGUGAAAAUGGACAACACGGUGAAUAGAAAAAAGGCGAUGAAGGCGAGUUUACAGGCACUGAAGAGUGCUGGAGUGGAAGGGAUAAUGAUGGAUGUGUGGUGGGGCUUGGUUGAGAGAGACGCGCCGGGAGAGUACAAUUGGAGUGGUUAUGUGGAGUUACUGGAAAUGGCGAAGAAGCAAGGGCUUAAAGUUCAGGCUGUGAUGUCCUUUCAUCAGUGUGGCGGAAACGUUGGUGACUCUUGCACGAUCCCUCUUCCAAGUUGGGUCACUGAAGAGAUCAACAAGGAUCCUGACCUUGCUUAUACGGAUCAAUGGGGAAGGAGGAAUUCUGAAUAUAUCUCGCUUGGUUGUGAUACUCUUCCUGUCCUUAAAGGAAGGACCCCUGUUCAAUGUUACUCCGACUUCAUAAGAGCAUUUAGAGAUAGAUUUGAGAAUCUACUAGGAGACACUAUUGUGGAAAUUCAAGUUGGCAUGGGUCCAGCUGGAGAGCUACGUUAUCCAUCCUACCCUGAGAAAGAUGGAGUAUGGAAAUUUCCCGGUAUUGGAGCUUUUCAGUGUUACGACAAGUACAUGCUCAGCAGCUUAAAGUCUGCGGCAGAUGAAUUUGGCAAGUCUGAGUGGGGCCAUACUGGUCCCACAGAUGCAGGUGAAUAUAACAACUGGCCCGAAGAUACAAACUUUUUCAGGAAAGAAGGUGGUGGUUGGGAUUGUCAAUACGGUGAGUUCUUCCUCACAUGGUAUUCUCAAAUGCUUUUGGACCACGGCGAGAGAAUAUUGCAAUCCGCCAAAGCUAUAUACGAGAACAAGGACGUCAAGAUAUCAGUUAAGAUUGCAGGUAUUCAUUGGCACUAUGGAACACGGUCCCAUGCCCCUGAACUCACAGCAGGGUACUACAAUACCCGUUUCCGAGAUGGUUACCUUCCGAUCACUCAGAUGCUCGCCAAACACGGCGCUAUUUUAAACUUCACUUGUAUUGAGAUGCGAGAUCACGAGCAGCCACAGGAUGCACAAUGUGCACCUGAGAAGUUGGUUAGGCAGGUAGCAUUAGCCACUCGGGAAGCUCAAGUUCCACUAGCUGGUGAGAAUGCUUUGCCCCGAUAUGAUGAUUUUGCACAUGAGCAGAUCAUCCAAGCAUCCUCAUUGAAUAUCGACAGCGAAUUUGAUGAUGGAGAAAUGUGUGCAUUUACUUAUCUGAGGAUGAAUCCAGAUCUUUUCCAGCCAGACAACUGGAGUCGGUUUAUCGCAUUUGUGAAGAAAAUGAGUGAAGGAAAGGAUGUGGAGCGGUGUUCGGAACAAGUGGAGCAUGAAGCCGAGCAUUUUGUACAUGUUCAUCCUCUAGUGCAAGAAGCUGCUGUUGCCCUUAUGCACUGAGCAUCUCAAGGGUUGCUCCUCGGAUGGUCACCCAACUAAUAGUUAUUAUCUCAUAAAAUCACCUUUCUUUUUCAUUGAACAUAGAAAGUGACUUUCUGCAAAUAAUAACUAUUAGUUGAGUGAUCAUCUGAGAAAUCAACUUAGCAUCUCAGCUACAUACGUCUACAGAUGAUACACAUUAUCGUGACAUCAGUAUCGUGCAGUUCUUACUGGGGUUUUCUCGGCUUUGUUCUGCCACUUAUGUAUGAAAUGUAUUAUAGUGCAAUCUUAGAAGAUUGGAAUA